GCGGGGCGGGCAGAGUUCCGGCAGCUCUGCCCGCAGGUGAGCCGGGCGUGGGCUCAGGCGGCGGUUCGGGCCGCGGUGGGAGGGGUGCAGCCGGCCGGCCCGCGGGCAGCGAGCCCGAGAGAGGACACUGGCAGACGGGCCGAGACCGUCCACGGCGUGCUCUCUGUGGGACUUGUUUAUAUUUUCUGAAUUUUGUUUGUUGAGCGUGUAUUUUAAUUUUGGAAAAAUAUGUUUACAAACUGUCGGAGUAUAAUUCUCAAAAUGUUAGAAACGUAAUUCCUGAGCAAACAGGGAGCACAGGUCAGGUUAAAUCGCCUAGGAAGGACCCGGCGGAGGAAAGCCCGCCGGAGGCUGCCACCAGGAAUGCUGGUCGGGGAGGGAGCCACUGGGAUUAUCCUCUGGGGGUAGAGGGGCGUUAGAUCCCUCAUCACCCUAUCAGUGUUGCUGGGUUGACCUCACAGACUGAAGUCUGGGCCAGUCCUUGCUGCUGUCUCCCCUGGAAAGUCAGGUGACCCUCAGGGGCUUGUGAGCGGUGACCCAGCGCAACAUCAAAAACCGUGCCGUUUCCCUCUUUCUGACCACAUUUCCAAGUUUUGGAUUUGGUUAGCCCCCAGUGAACGGAAGGAGCUCACAGAUGCUCGGCGUCUGUGUCAGAGCUGAAAAGGUCCUGGUGACCGGACUCCUGUCCCCGGGUCGGGGCUGCCUGGCCACUGCAACCCUGGAACCCACCCUCUUGUUAAUUUCCUAAAACGCCCGGUUCAGUUCAGUAGAACAGCUGAAACUACCAAAUCUUGUAAAACGAAGAGCAAGAUGAGGUGGAGGAUGGGCGCAUGAGGGUCCCGGGGCCGUGGCCUGGUGCAGCGUGUGGACCCCGGCCCAGCCUGUACGACGUCGGCAGCAUGAGCCUCCCGAGCAGCGGGCCGGUGGGCAGCAUCUUUGACCUGGACUGCACCUCCGGGCAGGUCCGCUGGGCGCUGGUGGCCGCCGGCUGCACCUUCUACCUGGGCGUCUUCGUGGCCUGCCACCAGCUGUCAUCCUCCCUGAACGCUACCUACCGCUCCCUGGGGGCCCGAGAGCAGGUCUUCUGGAACCUGGCAGCCACGCGUGCAGUCUUUGGCAUCCAGGGCACCACGGCGGGGCUACGGGCACUGCUGCUGGACCCCGUGCUCCAGGCCGACAAAGUGCUCGGCCAGCAGAACUGGUGCUGGUUCCACAUCACCACGGCAACCGGAUUCUUCCUCUUCGAGAACCUCGCGCUCCACGUGUCCAAUGUGCUGUUCCACACAUUCGACGGGUUCCUGGCCGUCCACCACCUCUUCGCCUUCCUCGGGUUUCUCGGCUGCGUGGUCAACCUCCAAGCGGGCCACUACCUGCCCAUGAUCACGCUGCUCCUGGAGAUGAGCACGCCCUUCACCUGCAUCUCCUGGAUGCUCCUAAAGGCCGGCUGUGCGGACUCGCUGCUCUGGAGACUGAACCAGUGGCUGAUGGUCCACCUGUUCCACUGCCGCAUGGUCCUCACCUACCACAUGUGGUGGGUGUGCCUGGGCCACUGGGACGGCCUGGCCCGCAGCCUCUUCCCGCCGCACUGGGCGCUCUUCGUGGUCGGGCUGGGCCUCCUCACGGUCCUCAUCAACCCCUACUGGACCCGCAAGAAGACGCAGCAGCUGCUCAACCCCGUGGACUGGAACUUCGCGCCCGGCCGCCCCAACGGGCCGGCGCCGCCCAAGAAGACAAGGUCAUGUUCAGUGAAGUGGAAAUCUCAGAAAUCUGUUUUCUUCCUCUGAUGGCUGGGAAUGCAGUGCUCUCUGGAGCAGACCCUGCCCGUCCGGGGCCUGCAGCUCUCCCCGCAGCCCGGCCGAGCCCAGCUACGCAGAGCAAGGAAGCUGCACUGUGACACCCCGUGCCACACGAUGGGAAGGGCCGUGGGAGCCGCUUCUAACGUUCUACCCCGGGGGGCCCACGAACCACAGUUGGAAGGGGGCACGUUUCAGCCACAGUUUCUUUGGUUUGUAUCGAGAUCACUCUCAGCUCUUUUCCAAGAAAUACGGAGCCUAUUUGGUCCACUCCAGAGAUUUUAUUUCCGCACAAGACAGACCAAGAGCCCAGAGUGUUGGAGCCGUCACGGAUUUUGUGCAGAAAGCCAAGCUUCAGAAAGUUCAAGGCCAGCCACGCCAAGACUCUCAUUUUCCAUCUUCCGGUUCCCCCGCCCUUGUCACGGGGACAGGCCUAAGGCCCGGGAAGCAGGCGUCCCCGGGGGCAUCUCUGCGCUGCUGCACGGGCCCGGCCCGCCCCCUCUGGAUCGCCUGUCAGCCUGGGUAUUUCGGAGGAAUAGCAGCCAGCUGUGCGGUAGAAGCCCCCUGAGGGUGGGCGGGUCGGGAGCUCUGUCAGGAUUGGACUCAGGGACGCAUUUUUGGCUGGAGAACCAGGAUGCCCUUGCGCUGUGUUGUCCCUGUGCUGGAUUCACCCGUUUCUCCGAGGACCUGGUUCUUUCGUGAGGAAUGGCGUCUGGGAAUCGGGACAUGGCUGUCCAGCUGCCCCAACACCAUGUGAUAAGAAGUCUGUCUUCUAUACUGGUUUGAGAUGCCACUCCUCUCGAGCUGGAUUUUCUUGGGCGCGUGUCUCCAUCUCUGGUCUUGGUGUCCUCUCCCGUUGGUCAUUGUUGUAACUUGGAGGCGUCUGACAUCUUGGUGGUGCAGAGGCACCAGUCCCAGGACAAGGAAAGCCUUUCCACUUGUUCACGUCUGCUCUUCCCGUCACCAGCACUGCGCAGCCAACCGCCCACAACUCGGUCCAGCCUGGGACCCGUGUCGCUCCGAUCCAGGCCUUCAGCGCUGCCCACCCGGACGGGCUCCGGCUCCGCAGGGUCACAGCCGUGCUGCAGGGGACACCCGUGUGCCCCACCUGCUGUGGGCCGGAGCUUCGGGGUCAACGCAGGAGUGGAAGCGCUGGGUCCAGGCCUCCACGGAUCUCCUUCUCCCGGCUGACACCAGGGGGCUCAGGUCUGCGUGGCUUGGCCCCCUGCCCUGCCGGGCCCGAGCAGACGCUGGGGUCCCGGCACCACCCCUCCCGUCUCUUCCGACCGUGUGGCUACUCGUGCUUGCCAGCUGUGUCGCCGGUGCAGGCUCAUCGUGAGGGCUCCCUGUUCCCGUUGAUCUGUUUGUGGUGUGGGGGGGGGUCCCUCUUCUUCCUGAUGAUUCUGUGCCUCUUGAAGCCCGGUUGCCCGUCGAGCACCUCGGAGUCGGUGUCUCCCCAGCCGUCACCUCCAGGCCCUCUGCGCCUCUGCAGGUCACGCAGGGGAGGGUCUCGUGAGAGGGCGUUCUCCAGCCCAAGAGCCACGGUUCUGUUUAGUCUGAUGCAUCUAAUGUAACUACUCAUCUGGGUGGACGCAGGCCUGAUCUGCUCUUGUUCGUUGUGCCCAUGCCUCUUCUGAGUCGGUCCGUUGUUCUCAUACUCCAUUGUAAUUUCUCCUUCUUUUUAACUGCACGCUCAGCUUUCAGGGGCUGCUCUGGGAAUCGCAUUCUUCAUCCUUCGCCUGUCAGUCCAGGUUAUUCCGUGUCGUGUGACGUGAGAGCGUUGAUUGUCCUCCAGUUUCUAUGAUGUGUAUUGACUUAAGUUUCCACUUUGCUCUUGUUGCAAUUUCACCAUUUAUAUUUUCAAAAAAUGUCUUUCAUCUACACUUCAUAAUUAUUAAUGCAUACUUUUUAAAAAUAUACUUUAUUUUGGCAAACCUCUUAAUGUCUAGUUGUUUUGGUUGGUUUUAUAGUUUAUCUGUAUCUCUUUCUCAAGAUUUGUUUAUAUCAUUCAUCUUUCCAAGCAGUAGGGGUUUUUGGUUAUUCUUUUUUUUCCAAUAAUCUAUUUAAUUGUCCUUAUAUUUAUGUCCUUCCUUCUUGUUACUUUAUUUAGUUUUCCUCUUUGUAACUUUUUAUAUUGAAUAUUUUGUUUUCCUUUAAGUAUUGCUUUAACGUUGUCCCACAAAUUCUGACAUUUUUGUUUUCAUUUUCAUUCAGUUCUAAAUAUUUCUUAACCCCCUUCUGAUGUACUUUUAAAUGCAAGCGUUAUUUAGUAAUGUUAUUUUCUUUCCAAAAAUGUGGUAUUUUUUAAAAAAGUCUAUCGUUUUGGUAUUUGUUUGGAAAUGUAUUGUCCUGUUCUAGAAAGAACAUGACCACUUUGUUACUUUGGAAUUUACUGUGUUUCCUUCUGUCCAGCAGCUGCCCGGGCGCCUUUGUCUCAGGCACAGCCCCCAGCGCCUGCCGCUGACUGGACAUCGCUGGGCCACGGCGCUUUCUUCCCUGAUGAAGGAAGCAAGGCUGUGGUCCUGCUCUGAGACAUCUGGUUUUCCCUUCUGGGUCAAAGAGUGUCUCGGUCUCCCGGCACUGCCUACAGUCGCCCCCUAUUAGACCACGGCUUAUCUGCACGCUGGUUGGAACAGCAGGUAGGAAACUUUCCAUUCUUGUGCUAGGGAACUGUGACCCUGAGAAGCCCUGGACACUAGUCUGGUUCUGGUGACACUGGCUGUGUGAAAGAAGGUGAAAUUAGAGCUCUAUUGCAUCUUGGAGUCCCCUAGGGUGUAUUUUACAAAACUGGGACAUUUUCAGCUAGGCUCCUACGUAAAGGAAGAAAAUGUUAUUUUAUUGUAACACUGCUUAGCCCCAGUACUUCUUGGGGUCCAGGGAGAAAUGGCCCCAGUAGCUCUCUAAAUCACACCACCAUAUUUCAUCUAAAACUGGGGAAGGUAAAUGGUAUGAAAUUCUUCAGCCUUUAUGCUGUUGAAUCAAAGUGAGCCUUCUGGAAUGGGUUUGGCUCUUACCUUGGGUAGGUACGUGUUUGUGUCUUUGGUGCAUGAGUCCAAACACUGUUUUCUCUUCCUGGUUUGAACCUUGUUAGGGGGUCCUGGUGGUCCUGGUUUUGGGGGAGACCCCACUGGUAGGAGAGAACUUGAAAGGAUUAAUUGUUCUCAGAGACCGUCCUGGUAUUGGCCCUCGUUACAGGGCCCUGGUAACCUGAACGUGGUGUGGACGCUCGUAGAAACUGAUGCUUAAGCUGCUCUGAGCCUGAUUCAGAGCCACCUGCAAGUUUGUCCGGAAGUGAGCUGUGUGAAUGUGAGUGAAUGAUAUGCACUAUUGUGUUAUUUAAACUGAAUUGGCUAUUUGGGUACUGAAGGAACUCUCACCUUGAAAAUGGCCAAAAUGGGGCUCUCUUGAUGUUCUAAGAGACUGGUUGUUGCAUAUGCAGUGAGAGGAAGCUGGCUUCCUAAGAGGAACUUGCUUUACUCUCCCUGUGCCUUUGAGAAACAGAUGUUCUGACAAUCUCCAGUUCCUGAGACUGAAGAGAAAAAAGGCAAGGAGAGUUUUAACUCAAGGAGGAAAACUGAGAUCUGUGUCUAUAUGGGUGUCUGUGUAUGCUACAGAGAUAUGUCUUUAUCUCCAGAUGCUAUCAAAAUUAAUUUGUAAAUGAGCUCUAUGUAAUUGGCUUAAAGGAAAUUAAAUGCUUAUCUAAAUUCUCAGAAAUAUAAAACUAACCCACCCAAAUGAAUUUCAGGUUCACAUGAUCUGGGAAAUAUUCAGUAUUAAAUAUCUGGUGUUAAAGUUUAAGCUUGUUGAUGGCUGAAGACAGAGAUGCCUUCAGAGGCAUGAACUAUAAUUUUUAUUGUAUUUAGGAAAGUUAAUAAGAUCUUAUUAAUCCUGUUACAGAAUCUUCACAAGGAAAAUAACUUGAUACAAUGGAACUUUUAAGUAAGUUAAAUGUAAAUAAGAAGAGUUCUGGGAGUUGAACUUUGGGAAUAACUAUGUUUUAGAAAAUCUAUGUAAAAAUAGUCUCUCUAGAUUUUGGCAAUUUGAAACUUUAGAGUUUUGCUAAAUUAAUUGCUAAAUGAGUCUAAGUUUACCCACUUUUGUCUUAUGAGAGAAAACCUAAACACGUUUGGGUUUUUUGGACACACGUCUUAUACCACAUUGAGGAAAGAAAUUAUGCUGUGAGAAGAUGUAUGUUUCUGGAGGUUGUAGAAUAUAUUCAUAAGUUUGCCAAUCAGGAAACGGUGGUAUGAUCACAAUUGCUUCUUUGUUUUUGCCAGAGAUUACAGUUUUUAAGGGUUAAAAGUUAUAAUAUAUGUAAACCUACUAAAAUAGGGGAAACAUUUCAGUAUAUAAGAAGAGUAGGAUGUUUGUUUUCAUUAAAAGAAGGUAAGAGGAGUGAAAAUGCAUUUUGUUAAGGGUAAAAGUAAUUUGGUCCUAAAGCUGGUUAUUUCUAAAUGGGAAAGAAAAUAAGGGACAAGCUAAUAUGGAAAAAAAGGUGUGACAGGUUUAAAAAAAAGGAACCCGGAACCCCAAAGCAUCUGAAAGAGAUUAAACUAAGAUUGCUCGGUAUGUUUAAUUACAUGGGAAGCAUUCUCAAAUGAGUGUUAAGCCUCCCUAAGUUAUACUGUAUGGGUAAAUGUUAUUAAUAUAUUCUAGAAAUUGUAUGGAAUUCUGAAAAAUCUGGUGGUCCUGAUAAAAUGUCAUAAUUCUAGUUUUGUUAAUUGAGGUCUAUUUACUAAGACUCACCUCCCAGGUAGCUCACUAUGUUACAUAAUUUUUUAUUUUAUAUUGGAGUAUAUAGUUGAUUAACAAGGUUGUUAGUCUCAGGUGUACAGCAAAGUGAUAGUUAUACAUAUAUAUGUAUCUAUUCUCGUUUAAAUUCUUUUCCCAUUUAGGUUGUUACAUAAUAUUGAGCAGAGUUCCCUGUGCUAUGCAGUAGGUCCUUGUUGGUUAUCUAUUUUAUAGUAGUGUAUACAUGUUAAUCCCAAACUCCUUAACUAUCCCAACUAUGUUACUUAAUUGUCAAGUUUAAUUGAAUUAUUAAAGGACACUCAAGUUUGUUUCUGAAGCUCAUCACAGCAGUCUCUCUUUGGAUAAAGAUCAUACAUACUGGAAAAGGCAUCAUUGAAAGGACUGUCUCCAACCUAGAUGGAAGAACUCUUACGAGAGGCUAGGCCACUGUGAAGCACUCGUGUCAACUGCACCAGGCUACCGCUGACUGAAGAAAAACGCAAAACCUUCAGUUUUUUGGGGGCCUUACUGAAGACUAUAUAGCCUGUCAGACAGGCCUGCGAGGCUACGGAGGAGCCAGGGCCAUCCAAUCAGAGCCUUGGAGAGGAGAAACCCACUAACCAGAAGUAGUGGAUGUAGGUAACUGACCACAAACCCAGCAAUUGCAAUGACUUCUAAAAUCUGCAUAGGAUCAUACCCGUGAUAGAAAAGCAUUUGAUUCAUGUGCAUAAAGUCCAAGAAAUCAAGAAAAUGUUAUAAAUAAUCAUACGGUCAGGUCCAGCAUCUUGGGAUAGCUGUCUCCUGAUGUCGUCGUCUUCUCGUCCUGGCGUUGGUGUUUCUUUCCUGUCAGAGCAUCGCUUUAAGGUUCAUAUAAUCCCUCAUCCAGUCUCACUGGUCUCCCCCUGAUAAUCUCAAAAGGAAACAAAUGUUUUCCAAAACGGGUGGAUCUGAGGUUGAGGAGAACCAAUGGAAGGGCCUCAGGCCAGAAGCUUCUAAACAUCCAUAAGCAUUCCGUUCCAUCUGUCCGAUCUUGUGGACUGCUUUCGCUAGCUGCAUACACAGGAAAAUUCUGGAAUGUCAGAAGAACCCAAAUGUGGCCGUUUUAGGUUGUGAUCUCCUUUAGUGUGGUUUCUCCAAUCAAGUAAGUAUUUGCAGGUAUAAAUUCCAUACAUAUUGUACCUGAACCUGGCCUGGGUGUUAGUUGGAGGCUAGCAAUCUGUCCUUUCUGUUUUGAAAGCUUUGUUUCCCAUUCCAAGGUCGAUCUGUUGAGAUAAGAAUCAUUACUGAUGAUCCCUGUUGAGAUAAGAAUCAUUACUGAUGAUCCCGUGGUGGGCCUGCGUGCUGGCUGUGAGCCUGAUUCCUCGGGAUUUUAGCCCAGAGCCACUGCAGCGCUCUUACAGGUCCUACUUUCUGUAGCCUAAGACCACAGUGGGUGCUUGCAGCACCGAGUGGCCGGCUCUUAAUGUGUGUCCCCAGCUGAGAUGAGUGGGUUUCCCUCUACAGCUGGCAGCCCAGUAUGAGGACUUACCUCCACCACUCCCACAAGUUUCCCAGUUGCCUGAGAAAGCCAGUGCUGUCAGGAAGGAGAUGGCUCAUAAGGGCUUUCAGCUCCGAAGAAGGGACAUCUUCAUUUUUAUUCCAAUAAUCUGUUAAAGUAGCCAAAUAAAGGAAAAAUGACAUGUCAGUCUCCCACCUAAUUUCCCAGUCCAACCAAUCAACUGAGUAAAAUCUCCCCAACAUCUCUCAACUGGGAUAACCCAGGUACUUCUUGAAAUUAAAUUCAAGGAAAACCUCCUCCUCCAGUGAGGGAUUUAUGCACCACCGAAUACAAUAGGAUCAGCCAGUAACAGGAGAUCUGAGACCGGGGGGCUCACCAAGGAGAUGGCUGGGCACAAGAGGCCUCUGCAGGGCUCAGGCAGAGGAGAAGCCUGCUCCAAGUUCCCUUCCGGUCACCAAAGCUGCUGACUGAAGGAAAACAUACAACCCAAAAGCUGCAAGUUAAAGUUUAAGCCCCGGAGACAGCCUCUCAGGAGGUAAGGGAGGUGCCAAGAUGCAGCGAGUUUUUGCUGGAAGACAAGAAUUCAGUCAAAGGUUACUGCUUGUCACACACACCAAAGCCCCAGACAGUUCAGGUUAAUAAUUUUAGUGCUUUUGUAUGUAUGGGAAGAUGAAGAAUCUGGCCUCACUGAAAUUUUCUUUAGAUGUGCACUUAAACGAUCUAGGGCUGGUACCCAGAGCACAGAAUGUUUCCUGAAUCCCCGCAGGGCAUGCCGUCAGGGCAGCUGCAGCAGCUGAUGGCUUGAUCAUGCCCAGUAUUCUUUGUUUACUGGAAUGGCAGGUAACACUCCCUGUCCACACUACAUACAUCAUAUUGCUGUUGCUUCGUUAUCAAUGCCUGAACCAUUAUUCCUAUAAAUAAAAAUGAAUUUUCGCAUUGUUUUUGAUGUCUAGCGUUAGUAAUAUAUGGAACCUCUGCAGUGUUUUGUAUCAUAAUACUGACAGAUGACUCAUCUUGUAAACGUACAUCAUCGAUAAAUGCAGUAUUAUAGGUAUUCCUUAUGAUGUUAACAUUUUCUCUAGCUUACUUCCCUGUAACAAUGCAGUGUAUACACACAUAGAAAAUAUGUUAAUUGACUACAUUAUUGGUAAGGCUUCUGGUCAAUAGUAUAGUAGUUGAGUUUAGGGGAGUCAAAAGUUACACGCAGGCGAGAGAGUUCCCAAGAUGGCAGAGGGGAGACCCUGAGCUCGCCUGCUCUCAAGGGCAAACCAGAAUUACAGUGUGCGAAGAAUCUAUUGUUGACAAAGACUCGAACCUACCAGAAAAGAUCUGCAAGUGACAAAGAAGGAAGCACAAGCUGGGUAGGAGGGGCUGAGCCACAGCACCGUCAAGACCCCCAGAGGAGGGAGAACAAGGUGGCAGCGGAGGGCGUGGAGCUCACCCCCUCCCACAGACGUCAAAUGCAUCUACACGUGGAGCAGUUCUCAGGGGAACUACGUGGAAUCUGGCAGAGCUGCUGUACAACCAAGGCUGCAGGAAGAUACGUAACCAGCGAGGACAGGAAGAAAAGUAUUGGUUCGGGACCCCCGCCCCUGGGAGGGUACUAAGAGGAGGGAGAUUGUGCGGGUGGACACUUGCCCUUGGGAGUGAGCCAGGCAAGCCAGACUGGGCCUCCCAGGCCUGGGGCCCGGCGUAGUGGACACAAGCCUCCCUUGGCUGGUUGGAGAACUGCUGUGAUAGGUAUGAAGGCUGGAGAAGCCUAGGCUCCGUUCACGAGGAGUGCAUAGGUGCUGGCUUGCCACUGGACAGGCUGGAGAGAGGUCUGACCUAGUGGCUCCCAGCCUGCCAGGCUCCCCAGUCCGAGUGAGGAGACACAGCAUGCACUCCAUGCCACACCUCAGCAGUGUUUCUAGGGCAGCCAGGCCCUGGGAGGAGACUCAAUCGAGGGCCACAGGGGUGGCCUAGGGGCCCGGGGUGAGGUCCAGAUGGGGUGGUGGCAGCCACUGUCGGUGCACCACGCAGGCAGCCCAGACCCUCUAACAACAGUGGGGCUGCUGGAACCCCUACAGCACACCACGAUCCCCCACUCCCAGCUGAGCUAAUCUGCUCACCCACCCACUCCACGCCACAGCCCUGCACUAGGUCUCGGACAGCCACAACAGGGAAAAGACGCGACACUGGGCUGCGUCCAAGCGGAAGGGCAGACACCAGCACAGACCUCUGUGAGCACACGAGCCCCACUUGCUCCAGCAAUCCCCUCCUUCGGAGCAACGGCCCCAAUGCAGAAAGAAGGAAAAACACACUUCAAGAAACAGAGCCAUCCACUCCCUUUGAGAUCACAGCAGGUAACUGUUUCACCUAAAUUCACAGACACAGAAAUUUAAGAAAAAUGACAACACAGGGGAACUACUCUCAACUGAAAGAGAGCAAAGCCCUCAAAAAAUAAUGAAACAAAGGUAAUGAGUCUACCAGACAAUGAAUUAAAAAUGCUAACUGAAUUGAGAAUUGGUCUAAGCACAGAUUAUUUUAAUAAGGAACUAGAAGCUAUAAAGACAGCCUAAUCAAAAAUAGAUAAUUUUUAAAAAACAGGUAAUUAAAUCUGAGAUUAAAAAGCACUCUAGAAGCAAUGAAUAGCAGACUGAAUGACACAGAACAACACAUAAGUGAACUGAGAGAGAGAAUAGAAAUCACUCAAUCAGAACAGCAGACAGAAAGACGCAUGAAAAAAAGAAAGCAACAUACAGGAUCUAUGGGAUAAUAUAAAACUGUGUCAGCAUUUCCAUAAUAGGGAUUCUCCACAAGGAGAAGGAAGGAGAUCAAAUGUAUUUUGAAGAAAUUAUGGCUGAAAACUUCCCAAACCUAAAAAAGGAAACAGAUACCCAAGUACAGGAAGCAUAGAGGGUCCCAAACAACAUGAACACAAAGAGACUCACACUGAGACAUACCACGAUUAAAACAGCAAAAGUUAUAGAGGAUUCUAAAGGCAACAACAGGAAAACAGAGUUAUAUACAAGGGAAUCCCCAUAACGCUAUCAGCUGAUUCCCCUGUGGAAAGUGUGCAGGCCUAAAGGGGGCAGCAUAUACACAGAGUUCUCAAAGGGAAAACCCUGCCACCUCAGAUACUGCACCCAGUAAGAUCAUCAUAUGAGACAGAAGGAUAAAGAAUUUCUCAGGCAGUCAAAAACCAAAAGAAUUCAGUAAUACUAAAACUAUUCUAGAAGUGUUGAAGGGUCUUUUUGAAACGGAGAAGUAGCAGGAAUCUGUAGGAAAGGGAAAAGCCCAAUAGGAAAGGCAAAUAUAUACUAAGGAUUUAAGAUCACUGAAACCAGUAGGUAGACUGAAACACAAAACAAGAUUGUAAAAGCAAUUAUAACUACAACUAACAGAAAAGGGAUGAACGUGAAGAUGUAAACUAUAACAUCAAAUAUACACAGUGUACGAGGGGAGUAAAAAAAAAUACUUUAGGACAUGUCUGAACUUAAAUGACUAUCAGUUUAAAACAAGUACAUAUAAUUAUGGGUCAACAUAUAAGCCCCAUAGUAACCACAAAUCAAAAACCUACCACAGAUACACAAAAAUCAAAAAGAAAGAAACCAAGCAUACUACUGAAGAAAAAUCAAACCACAACAUGAGAAACAAGAAACAGAAGAACUAUAAAAAGUGGGAAACAAAGAAUAAAAAUAGCAAUAGGUAUGUACUUACCAUUAAUGCCUUUAAAUGUCAGUGGUCUAAAUGCUCCAAUCAGCAGACACAGGGUGGAUUUUUCAAAGUGUGCAUUUUUCUCUGGGUUAGAACUCCUCCACAACUGACUAUCCCUAAGGGGCUGAUGAGCUGCCCGGGCCUGGGAGGAAAGGAUCCAAACCUUCCGAAAGGUGAGCUCUGCAUUGGCCAAAAAUGUUAAAGGUCUGAUUUCCUCUCCUACAAGUGUGAGGACAUAAAUCAGUUUCUGGGCUGAAGAAAACUUUAGAUAAACUAGAGGCAAGAAGGGGAUAAAGCUCUCCAGCCUCUUCUUCAACUUGAUCACUGCUGCUGCAGCCCCUCCUAGGAUUCCCACCAAAAUCACAACUGCUGAACAAGCAUUGACAAAAAAAAAAAA